UGAUGCAAAAUGCAAGAAGAUUGGAAGCCAAAAGUAGACAUGGUUUUUGAUAGCAUGAAUGAUGCUUGGAAAUUUUGGAUUGAUUAUGGUGGGAGAGUAGGGUUUGGAGUGAGAAAACAAUACAUACACAAGAGUAAAGACGGUUCGACUACUUCUUGCAGGUUUGUUUGUUGUAAAGAAGGUUUACGAAAACCAGACAAACGAGAUUAUAAAACAAUCAAGCCAAGAGCUGAGACUAGAACUAACUGUCAAGCAAGGAUAGGACUUAAAAACAUGGGUGAAGUUUGGAUAGUGCGUGAUUUUGUCGAGGAACACAACCAUAUUUUCCACUUGAAAGAAACAACACAUAUGUUGUCAUCUCAACGAAAAGUUUCUGAAAUUCAAUGUCAACAAAUUGAAUUAGCAGAUGAUGCUGGUCUUCAACAAAAGAAUUCAUUUGAUUUGAUGAGUAAGGAAGUGGGAGGUAGAACCAACUUGGGAUUUACACGUCUUGAUCAAAAGAAUCACCUCCGAAAUAGAAGGCAAAGAAGUUUGGUACACGGGGAAGCCGGAUAUCUACUACAAUACUUUCAAAAGAUGUCGGUUGAAAAUCCAUCUUUCUAUCAUGCCUAUCAAAUGGAUAUGGAAGAUCAAAUUACUAAUGUCUUUUGGGCGGAUGCAAGAAUGCUCAUUGAUUAUGGAUAUUUUGGUGACGUAAUUUCUCUUGAUGCAACAUAUUGUACAAAUAGUUCACAUAGACCAUUGGCGGUGUUUUUGGGAUUUAACCACCAUCGAAAAGCUGUGAUCUUUGGGGCUGCCUUAUUGUAUGAUGAAACAGCAGAGUCAUAUAAGUGGCUUUUUGAAACAUUUUUAGAGGCACACAAGCAAAAGAAGCCUCAAACUGUUUUUACCGAUCAAGAUCAUGCAAUGGCAAAAGCACUUGUUGAAGUUAUCCCCGAAACAUAUCACGGCCUAUGUACGUGGCACUUGAUGCAAAAUGGUAUCAAACAUUUAGGCAAUUUAAUGAAAGGUGGAUCUCAUUUUCUUAGUGACUUAAAAAAGUGCAUGUAUGAAUAUGACGAUGAAGAACAAUUCGAAGAAAGUUGGAGAAAUCUCCUUAUAAACUACAAGUUUGAGGAAAACACUUGGUUGAGAAGAGUUUACAAUGUAAAAGAAAAAUGGGCAUCUUGUUAUAUGAAGAAGGCUUUUACAUUAGGAAUGCGAAGUACCCAACUUAGUGAAAGUGUGAAUGCAAAUAUUAAAAGUAUUAUGAAUGUGAAUUUGGAUAUUAUAAAGUUUUUCAAGUGUUUUGAGGAUGUUAUAGAAGAAAAAAGAUAUAAUGAAUCAAAGUGUGAAUACGAGGCACGCCAAAAGAUACCAAGACUCCGAAACUCAUAUUCUGAUAUAUUACAACAAAUGUCUGAGAUUUAUACUCCCACUAUUUUUGAACUAUUCCAAAAUGAGUAUGAGUUGUUUGAAGCAUGUUCUAUCAAGAGUUUUAACAUACAAACAUCAACGAUUGAUUAUGUUAUUUCCAUGGCAAGGGAUUUGGGAGAGUGGCAAGUGUUCUUUAAUUUUGAUAAGAACUCAAUUAAUUGCUCUUGUCGUAAGUUUGAGAGUUUUGGCAUACUAUGUUGCCAUUGUUUAAAAGUAUUUAUUCAUAUAGGUGUGAAAUCGGUGCCUAGAGCUUAUAUCUUGAAGAGGUGGACAAAAUCAGCAAGAAGCGGUGUUUCACAUAUUGUUGAAGAUGCUGAUUUUAGUCAUGAUCAAUGUUACAAGGUUAUUUGUCCUCGCCUUAUUAGGAUUGCCACUGAAGCAUGUAGAAGUCCUGAAACAUUCACUUUUCUUGCCAAAGUUGUUGAUGAGUUAGAUAAGUGCAUACUAAAGUUUCAAAAUAGUCAUGUAAGUGGUGCACAAGUGAACAUUUUUCUUAGCAAAGUUAAAGAGAUUGAAAGUAGUAUUGAUAACUCAACACAUGUCAGUGGCUUUAAAAAAAAACAAGGUGGAAAGGGUUCAAAACGUAAGAAAGGUUGGGUUGAAACCAAACUUACUGAUAGAAAGAAAAGUGAUGGUGCAAGUACUUCUCAAAUCAAGAUCAAUACUGGGACUGUACAGAUUAUGAAAAGUAAGAAAAGUGAAAAAUUAAGCAAUUCACAAAGACAAGUGCAGUAUGAGGUGGUCGAUAUGAGUGCACCUAUUUGGCUCAAUGAUGCGUACAAUAACAUGAAAAAUAAUGAGACUUUGAGUUCAUUUGGUGACAUUAGUUUUACUAGCUUAUUGAUGGAAAACAAUCAUGAAGAUACAAGUGGAAAAGAAGGAGUAGUGGAAGAGAAGGAGUAG